AUGGCGCAGACCGACUACAAAUUCGAGGGGUGGAUGGGUCUCGACGAAGGCUCUGCCGACGGCAAGAUGGUCUGGCAGGAGUUCGAGCCUAAACCCUGGGAGGAGACGGAUGUUGACAUCAAGAUCUCUCACUGCGGUGUCUGCGGUUCAGACUUGCACACGCUCCGCAGCGGCUGGAAACCUACCCUGUACCCCUGCUGCGUUGGCCAUGAGAUUGUCGGUACGGCCGUGCGAGUGGGCUCUAAAGCCGUCGGUGGAAUCAAGGUCGGUGACCGUGUUGGCGUUGGUGCGCAGAGUGAUUCUUGCCAGGGACGUCUGGGCGAUUGUUCCGAGUGCGCAAUGGGAUGGGAACAAUACUGCUCCCACAAGUUCGUCGGUACCUAUAACGAUGUGCACCUGAACGGUGGUAAAUCGUACGGUGGAUAUGCCCUGUACAACCGUACUCCGUCGCAUUUUGUGGUCAAGAUCCCCGAUAGUAUUCCCCCAGCGGAGGCUGCGCCGAUGCUGUGCGGUGGUGUCACUCUCUACAGCCCCCUGAAGCACAACAACUGCGGCCCCGGAAAGCGGGUUGGCAUCAUCGGUGUUGGUGGACUGGGUCAUUUCGGUGUCCUUUUGGCCAAGGCUAUGGGUGCCGAUAAGGUUGUCGCCAUCUCACGCAAGUCCGGCAAGAGCGAGGACGCCAUCAAAAUGGGUGCCGAUAUUUAUAUUGCCACCGAUGACGAUCCCGAUUGGGCCACGAAAUACGCCCGUUCCCUGGACCUCAUUGUGUGCACAGUGUCUUCUACCAAGAUGCCCAUAGCGGAGUACUUGGGACUUCUCCACACCAACGGCAGCCUGGUCCAGGUUGGACUGCCCGAAGACGGAGCGCUCAACGCGCCGGUGUCUAACCUCAUCCGUCGCCUGAAGGUUGAAAGCUCUCUGGUGGGAAGCCCCGACGAGAUUCGCGAGAUGUUCGAGCUGGUCGGACGGAAGGGUAUCAAACCUUGGAUUGAGGAAGUCCCCAUGAAGGACGCCAACAGGGUAAUUGUGGAUAUGCACGAGGGCAAGGCACGCUACCGCUACGUGCUGUUCAACGAGCAAUAG